CUUGCUAUGUGGCCUUCCACCUUCUGUGCUUGGCUGAUACUGGCAAGGGUGUGGGUAUUUAUCCCCCUUCCUGCCCGCUCCAUGCAGCCCCCAGACCAGAACAUGACCGAAAUGACCCAGAUGUUCCAGGAUUUUAUGAUACAGUAUAACAAGUCCUACAAAAGCCCAGAAGAGAUGCAUCAUCGUUUUAAGGUCUUCGAGCAGAAUCUCAAAGCGAGCCGUGAAUUGCAGGCCUCGGAGUUGGGCACAGCACAGUAUGGGGUUACCCAGUUCAGCGACCUGACAGAAAGUGAGUUUAAGACGAUGUUUGGAAUCCCUCAGCCCAUAGAACCCCCCAUAGUGAAUCGGCUGGCAAAGUCCCCAAAGGCACAAAACCCACCGUCCUCCUGUGACUGGAGAAAAUUUGGAGCCAUCACAGAAGUGAAGAAACAGGGUUCGUGCAGAUCAUGCUGGGCUUUUGCUGCUGCAUCCAACAUUGAGGCCUUGUGGAACAUCCACCGACAUUCACCGCGAAAUGUCUCCGUACAGGAGCUGGUGGACUGCACCAGUCACGGCUGCAGUGGAGGCUAUGUAUGGGAUGCCUUCCUGACUGUCAUCAAUCGCAGUGGAUUGUCAAGCAGCAAACUCUACCCAUACGCAGGGAAAGAUCAAAGGUGCCAGCAGUAUCGGAGACGACAAGUUACUGGGAUUGAAGGCUAUGAAAUACUGCCCAGGGAAGAGCGAGACCUGGCUGAAAUUGUUGCUUCCCAAGGCCCCAUAACUGUUCUCUUCAAUAUGAAAGCCCUUCAGCAAUACAAAAAUGGAGUUAUCUGGAGAACUUCUCAGGACUGCAGCAAAGAACAUCUGGACCAUUUUGCCCUCGUUGUGGGCUAUGGGCAAGUGCCAAAACAGCAUGAAUCCCCAGCAAAACAGUAUUGGAUUAUCCAGAACUCCUGGGGAAAGAGAUGGGGAGAGAAGGGAUAUUUUCGGCUGCACCGUGGGGAUAACACCUGUGGAGUCGCCAUGUUUGCAGUGACAGCGGUGGUCAAGAAUCUGGGGGCAAGAUCUGAAGCGAGGGUGUUGUGCCCCAGAUGA